AUGGGGAGACAGAAAUUUGCUAAUCAGCGCUUCAAAGCCAUUAUUCAGGCUGGUCCGAAUCAACGUCUAUCGGCUAUGAGCACUUCCCACCAGCCGGCCCUGCCAAUCUCUGCCCAUGUGCCAUCUGCAACCCACACACCUUCUCCCGUUCAAAAGAAUGCGCGCCCGUAUCCCGACAUGUUAGGCAACCCUCCUGUUCCUCCGCCGAGGACCUCCUCCAACCGUCACAGCCCCAACGGAUCAAGAGAGAAGGAUAGCUCGCGGGGGAAAAGCCGAUCCGAUCGCAAGGAAAACCGUGACCGUGACCGCAACGGAAAAAGUCGAUCUCGACGUGAUCCCACCGAGCCGACACGAGAGACCGGGCGGUCCAGAGGAACUCCAGUCGCAUCUCCCGCGGAAUUGAGCAUUGACGAGGGAUCAAGUCUGGUGAAAGAGCCCAGUGCCGUCAUCAACGCCGUCCUGGUGAGCGACCCCGCCGUGGAUCACGAACGAGAACAGGUGCGACAAGCGGGCGCAUCACCGGGGGCCUCCGCGGAGAUGACCUUGCCUAUCGGACACGAUAGCACCGAGGACGGAGGCCGUGGACCUCGGAGUCGCCAUGACUACGAUAACGGCAAUACCAUCAAGCGGAAGGAAACCACUUUUGGCUCUUACAUCCUGGGCCAAACCCUCGGCGAGGGAGAAUUUGGCAAGGUCAAGUUGGGCUGGAAGAGGGAUGGCAGCAUUCAAGUUGCAAUUAAGCUCAUUCGUAGGGACACCUUGGGCGGUAACCCUACUCGUCUGCCAAAGAUUUACCGGGAAAUCUCGAUUUUGCGUGAACUAGCUCAUCCCAACAUUGUUCGCCUCCACGAGAUGGUGGAGACAGAUCGACACAUUGGAAUCAUCAUGGAGUACGCAUCAGGCGGAGAAUUGUUCGAUUAUAUUCUCAACCACCGUUACCUCAAAGACAACUCGGCCCGUCGGUUAUUUGCACAGUUAGUGUCGGGUGUCGGUUAUCUACACAAGAAGGGCAUUGUGCACCGUGAUCUCAAACUGGAGAACCUGCUGUUGGAUCGGAAUCGCAACAUUAUCAUCACGGAUUUUGGUUUUGCCAAUACAUUCAAUCCGAUUGACCAAUUGGAGGAAGAGAUUGAAUAUAAUCUGACCAACAAGGAGUAUGUCAAGCGAAAGCGUCUCGACAAAUUGGGGCCUGAUGGGCUGCGUCGUGGAGAUCUUAUGCAGACCAGCUGUGGAAGUCCUUGUUAUGCCGCCCCGGAAUUGGUGGUAAGUGAUUCACUGUACACCGGACGGAAAGUCGAUGUGUGGAGUUGUGGUGUGAUUUUGUAUGCCAUGUUGGCCGGUUACCUUCCAUUCGAUGACGACCCAGCAAAUCCCGAUGGUGAUAACAUCAACCUCCUUUACAAAUACAUUGUCACUACUCCUCUCACCUUUCCUGAAUAUGUGACCCCACACGCUCGUGAUCUCUUACGGCGGAUUUUGGUCCCUGACCCUCGCAAGCGUGCGGAUCUGUUUGAAGUUGCUCGUCACAGCUGGCUUAGUGAGUACGCCCACAUUGUCUCACAUAUCACUAGCAGCACUACCAAUGUGGCAGACAUCGCCAAUACAACCGUCCCGACUGAAUCACAAAACGAACCCCCACCUCUUGCCCGCAGUGCCUCUGUUCGUGAGCCUCCCAAGACAAGCCAGGGCAAUGUUCCGGCCGUUGGAGGUCUAAACCACCACGCAGGUGAUGUCUCCCAGGAUUCCCCAAGUGAAAAAUCCAAGACCUCUCGAGAUGCAAAGCGAAGGACAGUGCAGGUUGAAUAUGUGGCUCCCCAGUCCCAAACUACUAGAGGGGGUGAAUACCAAGCCGAGGCUUCCGGGUCACACAGCCGAGAGCCUGUUCAGUCCGAAAUUGUAUCUGCGGAGAGCUCAGUUAAGCCUGCGCCUACUAAGCCCGUCGGGAAGCCGCCAAUCAACUAUGAUAAGCCCCUACCUACUCACUUCCCUCGAUCCGCCUCCGAUUACCCUGUGGCUACUGGAGCGCACAUCUCUGCACCGCCACCGGCUCCGGCUGCGAUCCCAUCGUCUACCAGGCCUCAAACUGGUGGCUCAAUGGCGUCGUUCAACACAGGCCGACUGCCUUCUCGUGGGCAACCGGUGGCCCCCAUGGUCACUGCAACCAACACGGAAGGCCGUCUGGCGCAGCCAAAGAGCAGGCAGUUCGCAUUCCCCCAGAACCCGGCGCAGUCCUCGAGCACAUCGAUUGGCCGUCCCAGCACCCAACAAUUACCAUCUGCAUUCAAUCCCACUCCAAGACAGGACCCACCGGCCAAAGGUCACAAGCGGUCUAAUACCGUUUCAAGCAUCGGCGAGAAGUUGUUUGGACGCUCAGCAUCUCUUAUGGGCGGUAACCGUAACUCUCAAACCACUGCUUCUCGGACGCGACCCAACAAACGGUACCCUCCUACCAGCAUGAAAGAGCCGCUUCCUCGUGAUGAUUCUCGUGGGUCGAUGGAUUCUCGCCGAUCCAUGCAAAACUCACAUACUCGCAAGGCGAGCGAAGCGGGAGAGGGUCGUCCUCGUCGCUUUUCUCUCCUCCCAGCUUCCUUCUCCUUCCGAACCUUCUCAUCUGCUCGAGCCCAGAGCCCCGACGAUACAGCUCAGACCUCAUACCCAGUGGACAAUCGCGGUCAACAACAGCAACGUCCAACCACCGGACCCACGCUCAGCCGCCCACGCGCAACCAGCUACGGAACGCAAGAGGCGAUGGGUAUAGUGAGUGAGGGACCUAGUGAUGAAGUUCACAACGAGUCAAAGCCAAACGAGUCAGAUCCUCUGAGUUACGAGGCUCAGAUUGACCAGCAGUUCGCUGAGCUCGGCAAUCGAUUCGAUCAAACUCAGGACUCUUUUGGCAAUGUCUCUUCGGAGCACGUCUACGAAAAUUCCGAUGACCAUUACUCUGGGAACAACUACACAUAUGGGUCCUCCAAACCCAACUACUAUGAUGAGUACAGCAGCAACACCAACAACACCUAUGACAGCUUGCCACGGCAGUCAAUGCAGGUUGGUAGGUCUGCACGAGGCCCGGGUGUUCUCCAGAAAAACAACCGCAAAUUUGCCGAUGCCUAUGAGUAUGAACGGGAUCUUUCCCAUCAUUCUGGUAGCUCUGGUGCAGCUCGGAAGGUCAUGGACUUCUUCCGCCGUCGAGCCAAGUCUCGUGCUGGUGAAGGUCAAUAA